AUGUCUUUUGCAUCGACAUCAAGUGGAUAUGUCACAAAGAUUCAAAACUCAACUGAACAUACUAAGCAAGAACAAUUGGCUCCAUCUCAGGCCGAAUUAGUCAAACAUCCUUUACAACAUCCUUGGACUUUGUGGUAUUUCGAGCCAGAUCGUAACAAGUCAUGGGAAGAUAAUCAAAAUAAGGUGUCGACAUUUACGACAGUUGAGGAUUUCUGGAGCUUGUUUACUCACAUAAAGCAACCAAGCGAAGUUAAAAUUGGAAGUGAUUAUUCUCUUUUCAAGGAACAUAUUCGACCAAUGUGGGAAGAUAUUGCAAACAGGAAUGGAGGACGCUGGAUGAUAACUUUAGGAAAGAGUCAACGUCCUGAAUUAGAUCGCUAUUGGAUUGAUACAGUUUUGUGCUUAAUCGGUGAAGCAUUUGAUAGUUUUGAUGAUAUUUGUGGCGCAGUUGUUAAUAUUCGAGCUAAAGGAGACAAGAUCGCUGUUUGGACAGGCAAUAGUACCAACAAAGAUGCAGUUAUGGAGAUCGGUCGGAAGUUAAAAGAAGGCCUUAAUUUGCGAGAAUCCGUCAAAAUUCAGUAUCAUAUUCACUCUGAUUCAAUAGUCAAGGCUUCAUCGACUAUCAAGGCUAAGUACGAGAUAUAA